UCCUCAGUCAAGCAUGUCGCGCGGCACAGCGCUAUUGGCAGCUUUUGCCAUUCUGCUUGGGUUGCCCUGCUCGCCCAUAGAGGGCGCCAACAUAUUAGGCCUCUUUAGCACAUUCAGCCCAUCGCAUUUGGUGGUGCACAUGUCGAUGAUGCGCACCCUGGCAGAUCGUGGACAUAAUGUGACCAUUGUAACUUCCAUGAAGACCAAGCUGAUGCCACAUGAGAAUAUUACACAGAUCUUAGCGCCCUUGAAUGAAGAGACGUUGGCAGAGCUUAAUCAGUUCUUGGCGAGAUCGGCCAAGGAGAAGGUGUCGAUGGCUGUCAUGUUUUACCAAUUUUUAAUGAAAAAGAGCACAAUACUGGAUAGUCAAUAUGAAUUUCUAACGCACCCCAAUGUGCGCGCCCUUUACGAACAGCCGCAAACCAAGUUUGAUUUGUUGGUUCUCGGCUUCGUUUUCAAUGAUUACCAACUGGGCAUAGCAGCCAAGCUGGGCAUACCCUCCAUCCUCACCUGGGUGGGCGUGCCAUUUACAUUUGUCGACGAUGAGGUGGGCAACGUCUACGAUCCGGCCUAUGUGCCCAACAUAAACGUGGGCCUAGAUAAGAGCAAGCGCGUCAUGGACUUUGCCCAGCGCUUGAAAAACUACUGCAUCUGGCUAUUCCUAAAGGGCAUUACCAUUAUCUUUGAUAUGCGCAUGGACAACUAUUACAAACGUGCCUUUGGAACGGAUCCACAGCUGCCCAGUUAUUGGGAUGUUAGGCGAAAUAUCUCGCUGCUCUUCUACAACUAUCACUCGCACAGCGAGGGCCCAGUGCGUCCCACUGUGCCCCAGUCCAUAGAAAUUGGCGGCGUACAGAUUAAGGAUCAGCCAGAUCCUUUGCCAAGCGAGCUGGCUGACUUUAUGGAUAAUGCCAAGGACGGUGUCAUCUUCUUUAGCCUGGGCACCAAUGUGAAGAGUGGUUCCUUCAAGCCCCAUGUGAUGGAGACCUUCUUCAAGGUGCUUUCCAGCCAGCCGAUGCGCGUCAUCUGGAAAUGGGACGAUCUGCAGCAUACGCCAGGCAAUGCUACGAACAUCUACUACCACAAUUGGCUGCCACAGGACGAUAUCCUGGCCCAUCCCAAUACCAAGCUGUUCAUUACACACGCCGGCAAGGGCGGCGUGGCCGAGGCUCAAUAUCAUGGCGUGCCCAUGGUGGCGCUGCCGAUCUUUGGCGAUCAGCCUAGCAAUGCGGACAACAUGGUCUCCGCUGGUUUCGGACUGAGUCUGGACUCGGCCACACUCACAGAGACUACACUGGCACAGACCAUCAGCGAGGUGCUGCAAAAUCCGGCAUAUCGAGAUAAUGUGCGUAGCUUUUCCGCUCUCUAUCGCGAUCGGCCGCUCACCGCACGCCAAUCUGUGAUCUAUUGGACGGAGUAUGUAUUGAGGCACAAGGGAGCCUACCACCUGCAGAAUCCUGCACUUCACCUCGACUUUGUCGCCCGUCACAAUCUUGAUGUUUACGCCUGCCUGCUGAUCACCCUUGCUGUCUCGCUGACCAUUCUCAAACUACUUUCGCGUUUCAUUUGGCGAAAACUGCGACGUUUCUCACCCUCUAAGGGCAAGAAUGCAGUUGCGGCAGUCCAUUUAGUUAAAGAAGGAAAGUAUUGCCCGAAAGACCUGAACAUGGCUCAAUCCGUGCUGUCCGGCACAUUUGUGUGCCUCCUGCUCGGAUUCUUUGUGCUGCAAUCGCCUGGUGUCGAGGGCGCCAACAUAUUGGGUGUCUUCACCAGCCACAGUCCGUCGCAUUUUAUUAUUAACAUGUCGAUUAUGAAGGCCCUGGCGGAGAAUGGGCACAAUGUGACCGUGGUGUCGGGCACUUCACCAAAAGUGACCCACAAAAGCAUCAAGCACAUUGUCAUCCCCCUGAGUGCAGCCGAGGAGAAGGAGUUGAACGACGGCAUGACCGUCUUGGCCAAAGAGAAGCCAUCGAUAAUUACAACAUUCAGAAAUAUAUUCGGUUCGCUGUCGAUGCUUAUCUAUAAGCAAGUGGAUGUGCUGGAGGACAAGCGGUUCACCGAUCUCUACAAGAAUAAAGACAACAAAUUUGAUGCCGUUAUUGUUGGCUUCUUCUUCAACAAUUAUCAACUGGGUCUGGGCAGCCUCUUCAAGUGUCCCAUUAUUCUGACCUGGACGGGACCGCCGAUGAUGCAAAUCGAUAGUAAUAUUGGUAAUCCGGAAUUGAUGUCCUCAGUGCCCACCAUGCAUGUGGCGGUUGCCCCCGGUCGUGCGAUGACCUUUAAGGAGCGUCUGGCCAAUUUUGGUGGCACCAUGUUCUUCCGUCUCUUUACCUUCUACUUGGAGACGCUAAAUGUCAAGUUCUAUGAUCGUCUAUGGGGUAAGGUGCCGUCCAUGAUGACCUAUGAGCAGGCCAAGCAGAACGUUUCUCUGGCUUUCUGCAGUAGUCAUGGCAUCAGUGAAGGACCCAUUAGGCCCAAUGUGCCGGCUCUUGUGGAGAUUGGUGGCAUACAGAUUAAGGACAAGCCAGAUCCGUUGCCCGAGGAUAUUGAGGAGUUCUUGACAAAUGCCAAGCAUGGCGCGAUUCUCUUCAGUCUGGGCAGCAAUCUUAAAGGCGAUAACAUAGAUCCAGAUGUAAUUAAAAGAAUAUACAAAGUACUCGCCGGGCUGAAGCAGCGUGUGAUCUGGAAGUGGGAUGAUCUGAACAACGUGCCUGGCAAGUCGGCUAACAUACUCUAUAAGAAGUGGAUGCCACAGGACGAUAUACUGGCCCAUCCAAACAUUAAACUCUUCAUCACGCACGCUGGCAAAGGAGGCGUUACUGAGUCCCAAUAUCAUGGCAAGCCCAUGCUGGCUCUGCCAGUAUUCGCCGAUCAGCCUGGAAAUGCAGAUAAACUGGUGAAAGCGGGUUAUGGAUUAAAGCUCGAUUUGCUGACCCUGGAGAUGAACGAAUUUAAAGAUGCAAUUAAGGAAAUUCUGAACAAUCCCAUUUACACCAAUAACAUUCAACACUUCUCUAAGCUCUAUCGCGAUCGUCCCAUGUCAGCCCGCGAUUCGGUUAUAUAUUGGGUUAACUAUGUGCUACGUCAUCACGGGGCUGCCCAUAUGCAGAGUCCCCUAGUUAAAAUGGGCUAUAUUGCUACUAACAAUAUAGACUUGUAUCUAUUAAUUGCAGCGAUACUCUUGGUUAUCGUGCUGAUAAGCAAAGUUGUGUUCAAGUUCAUAUGGAGCAAGUGUUGUGGGGGCAAAGGCUCGAAGCAAAAGACUUCAAAAAAGACAAAGGUCAAGAAGCAUUAAUAUAUUAUUUGUACUGUAAAUAAAACAAAUUAUAAUUUACGAUUUUAUAGAAAAACGACAAUAAAUUUCGAUGUAAAUAUGAUAAUCGGCAAAUGUUUCGAAACUUUUGAUAAGAUAUAAUAAAAAUAAAUUAAGGGUGAUUCAAGGGGCUGCUGAA